CAGCGUGCAGUGACGAGAGAAGACCGACGACCGUCCUGGACGAGAGCGGGCAUUAAAAAGCGCCGACUAAUAGAGGCAGGGGCUAAUAGAGCCGCCGGGCCUGUAUAAUUGGUUAGGCUAGAGAGAGGUUUUUUUUUGUCAAACAAAACGAAAAGCGAUAUGAUGAUACACGCUUGUCGCUUGCGCGCUUGCUGAGCUUCUUUCGGCAGCUUUCCCUUGGUGUUGGAUAUAUCCCCUUGGUCCAACCCUUGGCUAAGGCUUCGGUCCAACCGCGGCAAUGAUCGCUACUCUUCUGCUCCGAUUCGCUCAAGAGUGCGCGAGUUCAGUCGGCGAGCACCGUACUCGUGGUCCUCACUGACCACGCUGAUAAGUUGCGUGCCCGUCAUCGUCAUCGGGGCACAGCCGAUCAGGAUUGAAAUUCCCGUUCCGGCAAGAAGAGAUUCAGCGAGACAAUCGCGUGGCCCCGACCUCGAAGACCGACCUCCUCCUCACGGCCCGCUUCGGCAACGGAGCGGCAUCAAAACGUUCGUCGAGACGACGGGCAACAGCGAGACAUCAUCGCCGGCGAGAAUCAUCGUCGAGAGGUUUCCGCAUCAUGAUGAGGGCCUAGCGUCCGACACCGUGGGUCGUCAACGACGGGCGUGCAAAAAGGGACGACGGCGUGCCGGCGGAAGCCCGGAUAGUAGGAGGAGGAGGAAGAGGAGGCACCCGACAACAUGGCCGCCGCCUGUUACGAGAAGGAAGUGGUGGUAGGUGCCGCCAUUCACCACGGACACGGACACCACCGUCACCACCAUCACCAUCACCAUCAUCAUCACCAUCAUCAAAAUAGCGGAGUCGUCGCGUCGUCCGGCGUCGGCGUCGGUGUGACUGGGCAAACAGUACUGCCGGCGACAUCCACCGGUCUCGACGACGCUGCCGUCAUCGCCGCCGCAGCUGCUGCCGCCGCCGCCGCCGCCUCCAGCAACUCGUCAUCAUCGGUGAACGCCGCAAGUGUCAACGGCAACGUUGUCAACGUCAGCGCGACGGUGACAGCGAGCAGCUCCGCGACCGCGGCCGCGGCUGCGGCCGCUGCUGCUGCCACCGCCACUGGCGCGUCCAGCGCUGUGGUGAUCAAUGGUUACAAGGUGCAGGAAUACAAGGACUACUCGCAGCCGCUCCACGUGGAUUGUAGCGUCGAGUACGAGCUGCCGAGCCAGGCGAAGCCGCCGCCCGGCGGCGGCGAGCCCCUCCUCAUGAUCCAUCCGUGCUACUAUCGACGUGCCGAGCGUGAGAGGAGGAGCCCCUUCGUCAAUAAUCUACCGCCGCCACCGGCGCCAGCAACGGCUCCCAUGUCCGCCUCCCGCAGGAGCGGUCGCAGGAGCGCCGCGACGGCAGCGUCCGUCGCUGCCGCCGGCGCCGCCGCUGUAACAGUAGCCACCGCGGCAGUCGCAAUCGCUGCGACACCUUCAUCCACGACGGCGGCAGUCGUGCCGCCAUCGAACAAUAACAGCAACAUCGUGCCUACGUCCGCCGUGUCGCCGCCUCGGACAUCUAUCGCUUCAUCCUCCGUUGCUGCGGCUGUAGUCGCAGCCACAGACACCGGGAACAGUGGUCCACUGUCCACUCUCACCAUGGCAUCAUAUCGCGCGGCGCUCAAUGUCGCGGCCACAUUAUCUCAGCAGCAGCAGCAGUCUCAGAGGCGACAUCAUCUCCAGCAACAACAGCAGCAGCAGCAGCAGCAGCAAUCGAGUCAUCACCAUCAUCAUCAUCACCACAGGAAUCAUCAUGCACACCAUCAUCAUCAGCCGCAGCAGCCGCAACAGCAACAUCACAGCCAACAGCAACCACAACAACGACCCGUGACACCAAAGCUUUCCGGUAGCGCCGACCUCAUUUCCGCCGAUGAGAAGGCAGUCAUAUCAGGUAUUUAUCAGCAUUACUUCCGCACGAUGCGCGCCCACAAUCAUCAGCAUCGUCAGCAGCAGCAGCAGCAGCAGCAACACCGUACCACUACCACCCAUCAGCUUCAUCAUCAACCUCACCAAAGCGACCACAGUUCCUCUUCUUCGUCAUCGGUCACGUCACCGACGUCCGCGUCGAUUUCCGGUAUCUUGCGGCAAACGUAUCAGCAAGCGUAUAGCAAUAGCGCGGCCACGAACUCGAGCACGAGCUCGAGCAGCCAUCACCGCAUCGCCACGGCGAUCGCCCAUCAUCCCUACAGGCGACCGUCGACGACGUUGCUGUCGCGGGCGGCCUCGCAUCUCGGUCAGCAGGCCUCCUCAUCCUCUUCUUCCUCGUCGUCGUCGUCCUCUUCCUCUUCCUCCACCUCGUCUAUCUUCGGUGCUUCCAAUAGCGUCUCGGCCGCGGCCGGCGUUUACGCAAACACACUACACAGGCAUACAACUUCCCUGCAUGCCCUACAGGCCGCCGCCAGUUUUUACGAGACGCCGAGCUAUCACGCCCUCCUACCCCAAAGUUAGACGACAGCCAGGAGCUCGGGUGGUCUCACGGUAUUGCGCGUCCACGCGUGAAACGGCAACGGCGAUCGCCGGCCGUGCCGAUUGCGGGCAUCUCAGCGAACGCGAAUCGAGUCGAGGUGUCGAGAGUCGAGCUCCGCUAGGCGGAUCGUGCUUCUUUAAAUUUCUCGUGCCUAUUUCGAGGUUCUUUAUCAAGUUUACUCGACAGAAAUCGCAUGAUGUAGAGGAGGCAAGGGCGUAGACCUUUGACGCUGUUGUAUGUCGGUUAAGAGUUCAGAGAAUAUUAGCGAUUUUCAGAUGACUUUACUUGACGUCUUAAUCACGUUAGUUCAUAAGGCGCGGUUCAUAAUAGACAUGUGCAUUAAAAGCGAAGAUGAUCUCGAUCCCUGAACGCUCAUCACUGCUCUCGUUGUCGGCUGUCGUUGCAUCGUGAACAAUGAAUAUAUUUCUACGUAAUAGAGAUUACCUAUAAACUUUUACUUCACGUUUAAUUCACGAGGAAUGAUGCAAUCGCGAUAUGUAAUGAUCGGCCCGAGCUGCGCAAUGUUCUAUUUUUUUUCCCUCUCAUUUUUCAAAGUUUUGUACGAUAUGAAACUGAUCGCCUCGAAAACCGGCAAUUUAUAGCCAUUGUCCUGGCGAUUUCGCGAUUCUAUUGUUCCGUUUAAAUAGCGAAAAGAGGGAGCUCCGUCAUUAUCGGAAUCGGCGAGGGUCUUUAUUAUGUGCAGCUUCCAUUCGUCUCGGAGCUAUUCCUACGCGCGCAAGCCGCACAGUUCGCGAAAAGCUCGCUCGGGGAGGGGGAUUUGCGUGAACGUCACGUAGACAAUACAUGCGGAGCACGCAUGGAGUAACUUCACGCGAAUAUAGCCAUGAAUAGGGAAGAGUUCCGUGCUCCACAUAUUCGUUGCGCGUCAUACGAAACGCCAAAACGAAGACGAUCUCUCCGCCAAAAAUACACCGCGAUAGCCUUUUGUGUGGAAAGAGCUCGGCAAUUCGCAAGAACCAUGCUGAAGGCACAUGAAGGGCCUCUCUCGCGCGUGGUCGACAAUCUAAAGCAAUUUCCCGCGGUGCCAUCCGACCGGGACCCUAACUAACCCAGGCUAUGACGUAGAUAAAACGGACGUCGUUGGCCGCGAUGCGCGUCGCUCGGCGCUCGUUUUUACAAGCGCAGUCCCCUUUUUUAACAUCCGCUCGUCGAGGAAGCUACGUGCUAAGCGACAGUUCGGACGUUCCGCGCGCGUGCAGACGCGAUUUAGAUUACCCAACCCCCUCUCGUUCGGAACUCUCGACGGAGAAAGAGAGAAAGAGAGAGAGAGUCGAGCAUUCUUCUCUCUCCGUUCCCCAUCGCGAAUGGAAGAACGGGCAGAAUGAAAAUUCGCAGGCGCAUUCGCGAUGAGAAUAGCUUAAACGGCGGACGCCUUUAUUCCACGUUAAGACGCGCGGAACUACACCGGAUUAUAAUCUGGACGGUGCUGCUCGCUCGCUCGCUCGUCGGUGUGAGUCCACCUUAAUCCGGAGAGAACCCGCACCCGCUAUCUCUCUUUUGCUCCCUCAGUCUGUCUCUUUCGCUCUCGCUCUCUCUCUCUCUCUGUUUUGUGCGACUUAUCAUCUCGAUCGUUAAAAGUGCAUGCGGGUGGGUCUAUAGCGCGCAUAGUCGGCACAUAGGGUACAUCUGUCUCCCCGUGCGCAUACACGGCGUCCCGAAAAUACGGCUAAAAAACUCCGAAAAAUUUGAGCGAGCCGGCUCAAUUGAUUGUUUAAAUCAUUAGUUUAAAUUAUCAUGUUUUUUGCAUAGUAAUGUAUUGUAUUGUAAUGUGUUUUUUGUAAUGUUAUUUGUUAAAAAACAAAUUAAAUUUAUUUAAAGGAAGUAUUCCAAGGAAAGCUCUUGAGUUGUAGUAUAAAACUGAAUGCGCGUUACGGAAAACGUUAAAGAAAGCGAGAGUGAUUUCGACUUCCUCAUUCUCAUUCGAGAUUUAGGUUUAUGAAAGGAACUUUAUCGAACGUGAGUUAGCCACGAGUUGACGUUUCGCUGAGCCGAGGUCUUCCGAGUCGAGCCAAAAUCUUUCCACGGGCGUCCACUUGAAGCUGAUCAAACGUGCUGCGUAAUGCGUUUACCGACGUCCGACGCCAUCAGAUAGUCAUCCCGAGCUUCAACCCUCCAAAGUGGCUCGGAGUCGAGAGAAGGCGACCUCGUCUCUCUCUCCUCUUCUUCGCGGUUGCCGUUCUUCUCCGCCCUCAGUUUUCUCUUCCACUUCGCUCUUCCAGAGUGGCCGCCGCGAUUCGGAGAAACGUCAAGUUGCACGGGACACCCUGUAUACCGGCGUCGCCGACACAACGAUCGUACGUGCUGCGUUCGUUGUUUGACGGUGAGCGGGUGGCCGGACGGACGGGUACCGAAUAAACACACGUCGUGUGCAUACGCACGCACCACACACACGUGCACGCACACGUGGUGGGCCUGACGGAUGGUCGAAGGCGCAGGGAGGAAAGGACAGUUGAAAUGGUCGUGGUUUGUGUGGGCACGUUAGAGCGCCGUUCCAUCCACCUGCAAUGAGCGCGACUUCAGGUAGAAGAGAAAGAAAUCCUUCGGUUUGCUUAGGUUGCCGCAUUAGCAUCCGCCGCGUUCUGACCAGCGCGUUUUCGGGCCCCUCGAAGAGACUCUCGUGAGAGAUGUCGUUCUCUCCGCCUCGCCUCCUGCCUCAUCUCUCUCCCCCCUACCCAUUCCCCAUUCGUUCGCUCGCUUGCUCGCUCCUCCAUUAUUCAGGAUCCUCCAGGAGGAUGGAGGACGUCGCCGGUUCUUGAGGGAUGGACAGCGCGCGUUUGGUUUCGGGGCACUCUGGUUUCACCGCACGGUCCCCCUCCUCCUCCGCGACACCUCGCGAGCUCGCCAUCCCAGAGAGGGUCACGAAUCUUUGAUCCGCAGCAUCACACUCAGGAUGUGCCUCGUGCGGCCGAGCUCGUUCCAUCCUCAAAGUGUGGAAAACGCAUUACGAAGCCUCCACUUCGCUUCCACCACAAAGACAGAAGCGAGCUACGCCAGAUCGCUUUCUGAUCCUCGGAUCCCCGAUUACGCGUAUCCCCGCAACCGCGGAUCUCUGUGUGGGUAGAGUUCCGUGGAGCCGCAGAUUCUUACGUCCAGAAGACGUUACGUGUAGAAGACGCGUCGGAUGUCGACCGCACGUAGUAGAGACGACCGAUUGAAAGAGCGCGAGAGACAGAGGGAAAAAAGGGGCUCCCUUCAUUUGCCUCGUGCACCAUAAAUCUCGCAACAUGCCGGCUCUUCCCUAGGAAAAGAUGUAAUUUUCAAGAUACGUCCUUUUAUUUAGACAACUAACUUUUAUCGUACGAGUUGCGGAACAGUCUUUGCUGAAUGAGUAAAAUCACUCGGCCUUGUAGAAGAAUAUGCAUUGUCAAAAGGUACGGCAGCAUCCAAUUUAAAGAUACCUGACUUCUUUCGCAGAAUGAUCUUUGGCAUACACAUUUACUCGUUCAACAAAGCUUGCAGAAAAAAUCCAGCUAUUCUUGCUUAAAAUAUAUUGCUUUACCAUUUUGUUGAAGAUAAUGCCGAACCUUUCCGGAGAAGGUGCGUGUACCGACUCGAGUAUUUCGCCCCAUGUCUUUAGACAAAUCGCUCGUAGAUCCAAACUUCCGGGGAAGAUGAUAAGGGCCCAUAUAGAGAUCACAUUGUCGUAUGAUGAGAUCAAUUCGAAUUCGUAAUUCGGCUCGAGGGCGGGCCGAUCGUCAUUCGCCUUUGCAUCUUACCCCUCGUCGGAUACAUUAGCCUCGUGAUUCAUUGUCUGGAUAAUGACUUUUCGCAGAUCAGCCCAUCUGCGAUGGAUUUCUCUGAGUUUUCAGGUAUACAAUCAGGUCGUUUAUUUAGGUCUCGUGCGGUAUUUUUCUCGUCUCGCUCUCGCGCGCGAGAGAGAAGGAGGGAGGUCGAUCUCUUUCGAAUUCCUUCGUCUCCAUUAUUCAGCGUUUUCAGCCGACUUGACUGCGACGCGAUCGAAUCGAACGCGAUGUUGUUCGACGGCAACGAAAAUCGAUGCCGCGAUGACGCGAUCGACGCAUGAAUGAUAAGCAUCCUCGUUCCUCUUCGUCUUGCUAGUGAUAGCGCGACCGAUCGUUUUUACUGCUGACUGGAAUUUCACCUCGUCAUAAAAAGAUUCUUCCGACAAUUUUGUUAUUCACAGGAUUUGCAGUGAUUGUAAAGUGAUAUGUAAUAUUAUAGAACCAUAAAGAAUGCAUAUUAGGUGUGCAAAUUAAUUCGAUGCUUUUUUUUUGAAGAAUUAAGUCUUUAUUUACUAUCUGUUUUUCAAGAGGAGAUUCGUCAACCCGAUACAAAAAGAAAAGUAUUAGAAGAUGAUGGCAAAUAUUUAAAAUAUUGACACGUUUAUUAUUUUUCUAAUAAAGACUUAAUUUCAAUAGAAUUCAACAGAAGCGCCGAAUUAAUUUGUGCAUCUAAUACUUUUUCUUGUUUCAAUAUAUAUUGCAUUAUGUUAUACGAGACACAUUGUCAAUUGUCGGCUGAAUAUACUGGGAACGGUGCAAACUUACGUACGACUCAUGGAGGAACUAUGACAAGUACCCAGUUCAUCGAGGGAUACAAAUAGUCGAACAUUUCGCAGACCCUUCUUGGUCGCGCGCUACAGUUAAUUAUGCGAGUUCCGGAAUUAUCUCUCUUCUCCCGCGGGAAAGAUAUAAUCCGAGGUUUAACCCUACCAGGACCGAGAUCUGAUGUGUAACAUAGCGAAUUGAGGGGGGUGGGACUCAUUUAUCAUCCGAAAUUCGGGAAUUAGUCGCGAAAACAUCAGUUUGCCUCCAAGUUAGGCGACGCCGAUCCGUCGUGGAAAUUAAAGACGAUUCUGCCGAACAUUUCAUAUAACAGAACGCAUUUGUGUCAGUCAUUGAGCGGAGAAUUCGUAAUAAGUGCUUGGUCAAUUUCGUCUUGACCCCUUAUAAAUAACAGACGUUCGUCCCACACACACACACACACGGACACUUAUCCGAAUAUAUAAAUUAAAUAGCCAACCUCGGCUCACGCAGCGAAAAGAAAAACGCGGUGAGACAAAUCGUGAAGCAAAGAGUCGGAGCGAAAGAGAAGGAAGAAGGCACCAGAUGACGGAGCAAUUCGGAAAUUCGGACCUCAAGGAUCGUUAGGGAUCGAGCGAUUCCUCCUCCUUCGGAGAGCACUCGCGAGUGCUGUUGGGCGCGAGGAGGGCGGGGCAAAGGGCUGGAGCACGAAAUUGUCGUGGCGUAAUUAAGCGACGACGGGCGACGGCGACGCAGGCAAAAACGACGCCGGCGUUUACUCGAGAUCGAGAUAGCAGCCCCGCACAGCGUACUUAAAACAGCAAUUAAAAGCUCGUUACUCACGCGCAUCUAUUAAUUAUUCGAGGAAACGGUCUUUUCUCGUGCCGCCCCCGCCUUCCGGGCGUAUCAACUGUGGGGCAUCAACUUUUGGAAAAAUCACUUUCCACCAUCGUGGAAGGUGACCUCCUUGCGGGGUUGCGCAAGGCACCCUCCCUUCCCCUUCUUCGAGAAGUGCACGGCUGAUGACCCGAGAGGUCGAUGACGGCGGUGGUCGUUCUUUCAUUACGACGUGAGGAUUUAUCUCCCGCUUCGCGGGAGGGUCGUGGUGGCGACGGGGGACGGGGAAAGGGGGGCGGGAUGAGCCAGGAGGGCUCGAGCCGGGGGGCAGGAUCGUUUUUCGGGAUUCUUUUGUCGUUUCUGUCCCAGAUCGCUCGUGAAGGCGACUGGUUUUAGGUUCUGUCGGAUCAGACGUGCGAGCUGGCCAUCGCUGUUUGCUGGCCGCUUAACGCCGUAACAGGUUUCCGUAACGCGAAGACUCUCGAAUGUUCCAACAUAGUUACAUAGCCGUGGCCGUUAACGCGGUCACCCCGCUCGCUAAACGACUUAACACGUGACUGACAAUCAUCUUAACAGCGAGCGCCCGAACUCCGCUCGUCGGAGCUUCUUCUUUGUUUUUUUCCUUGCCUGGUCGUUCGUCGUCGGGGCACAAAGAGACGCUCUUGCUGAUCUACGAGAGUAAUCCACGAAGGGUCUGAAGUACGGUCCACAUUGCCGAGCCGAACUUGCCUUUGCUCGGUUCUCAAAGUCGGACCUUCUUGCGAUUUAAAUUGAAGGUGCGUUCAAGAUAAUUGUUAAACGAGAGAGACAAUACUCACGGCACGCACUCUACGACAAUUUAAACGCGCGAUCGGUUUGCAACAAAAAUCGGUAAUCUGACCCAUACUUAAUGAAAUUUAACGAACGAUGUUCGAACGCUGUCAGAAGCGCAGGAAGGUACGUUACUCGCAAACGUCAUCUACAGAAGUUGCAACAGCAGAAAGAAAUUUUUUAUUCCACCUGAUGAGAGGCGGGUAGGGGAGGGCGGAAUUACCGUGGCGCCCGCAGUCGCAAUUUCACCUCUUUCCGCAAUGUUUUCCGCCGCCAGCACUCUUUUUUUCGCAGUUCCCGUGUCGCGGUGGUCACGCACAGGAAGCGGAGACCGGCCGUGUCGCGUCAUAGUCAUCGUCGUGGUCAUUCUAUCUAUCCGUUUCUCUAUCUCCCUCGCUCUUUCUGUAUCCGCCCCUUUUUCCCCCUCGCUGUCCCUCGCAGCGACUCUCCCUCUCUCUCUCUUUGUCUCUCCGUUUCUCCUCUGUUCUCGCUCUCUCCGUCUCGCGUUCUCCUCGGUAUGGUGCAUCUCUAGAAAUCCGAGCGACGUUCGAGCCGGCUCGGGUUUCGUCUUUUUUGCCCUGCGCCCGCCCUUUUCAAAGCGCGCGCUCAAGGAGAAACGGACGUCAGAGAGAGAGAGAGAGAGAGAGAAAGACCGUAUUUCGUUCGUUACACGGUAACGAUCGAUCAACGUGACCGCACGACCGCACCGAGCCGAGGCAAGAGUGCUCGUGAUCGGCGCGGGGGCCGGCCCAUAGAGGGCGAGGGGGCGCGGUCGAGAUGGGGAUCCGUUGCCCUUCUUCCCCUGUGGCUUCCCGGAUCCUCCCUUUUCCGAACGCGCCUGAAUUUUCGAAAUAUUUCGGCUGGGCAAACCCCGCCGCUCGAAAUCCGUCGCCAUCGGGAAAAUUUCGGAUAACGAUCUCUUCGUGAACACUUGACCCCCAUGAAACGCUCGUUCCGUGUCCAAACGAGACAUUCGCGUUAUAAAUCACAGGCUUGCUUCGACGAGAGAGCGAGAGAGCGUAAUUACCGUUGACGGCUUCGACGGCAUAGAGAGAAUUAGGUACUUCAGCACAUCGUUAUUUACUGGUAAUGCGCAAUUAUGAAGCCGGGAAGUGUACGCGGAUUUGGUGAUUUUGCGAUAGAUUUCGCGUCGUUUUAAAAUCUAAAAAAUACAUGUAAUCUCUCCAUUUCUCUUUCUCUCGCGUGCACGAAGCUAAGAUUGAUAGUGUACAAAGCGACAACGCAUUCAUUUUACGAUCUAUAAUAAUUCUCAGGGAAAAACGUUGCGCGCGCGCGCUCAUUGCGGCCCGUCGGCGGCCGAAAAGCGUUUAUUUAAUCGCCUCAGGCGUAUAUUUCAAAAAGUCAUUAGCACUCGCGCGUUUCGCAGAAAGGGCCGUCGGAUUUAACCGCGUCGGUAUACCUACCUACCGUAAUUUCCCUCGCGCCCAGCCUCCGAACCCCGUGAAAAAUGCGCGCCGCGCGGAAGGAGGAUCGACGAGGAAUUUCGACGGCACAAUGGCCCGGCUUGCCGGGAGUAAUUCGCGAUCGGCGGCCGCUAUAUGGAGGGAAAGGCGUCUGGGGAAACGGCGAGAGAGAGAGAGAGAGAGAGAGAGAGAGAGCAUUUACGCACGGGGAAAAAAUCUAGGAAAAUGAAUAUUUUCUUUCGAGCGUGAUUCUUGCCGAAAACCCGUGCGCUGAUUUCCGAUUAUUAUUCCGAACGUGGCUGCUCCCGUUCGCUGGGGAAAAAAAUGCCGUCGCGCAGUUUAAUAUAAGGACACCGAUUCUUCGUUGCCCCGCUCGUGUUAUUUCAACCAUGUUUCCCUUUGAAGCGCGAGUGCACGUUUCUCUCUCUCUCUCGAAAUUUAUAUCGAAACGCAAAAACAUUUUGACGGUGAGGCGUCACUGCGGCAUCGAUUAAAAAAGAAGGAAAAGCAAAUUGAAAGAAUCGAAAAAUAAUAUUAUUCUUCGGGGGGAAACAAAGCAGAGAGGCACUCACGCUCGAUAUGUCCACGCGUUAUCGGGAAACGCUCUGUAUUUAACGAUGAUAAUAACGAUAAUUUAUGUUGGAUUAGAGAAAGAGAAUUUUCCCGUUAGUUUUCCGUUGAGACAUGACUCUUAGGUAAUAUUUCCUCAAAGUAGCAUAUUCGGAACAACGUUUUCUUCGGAUUGGACAUGUAUUCUAGAACCAAGCACUCGUUUUCAAAGCGCUUUGAAAUUGUUAACAGCAAAGUCCAUGUCCUUCCGGAAAACCCUUGUUGGGAGAAAGCAGCCUUAUUGGAGAAGAGGAAAGGAGAUGGUGUGGCAGCCUCGUGCUUAAUUUUCGUCGAUCGUCGAGCGGUGGAAUUUUUUUCAUCCGCGCGGCUUUUCGUUCCUCGAUUAUGGGCGACAUCGCAUUCCGCUGAUGCUGACCAAUUUUUGUCGGUCGCCCGGGAAUCCCGGGGCGCCUUUACCUUCACGUGCUUCGGGGCUGCAUAGGAAAAAAAAUUUGCUUCGAUGACGACGGUGGAGGCGGCAGCGGCGCGGAAUUUCCGGGGGAGCGAGCUCGGUUUUAUCUAUCGCUCGAAUUAUUGACGGGAUGUGAGGGAAGCAAGCGAGAGGGGAGAGCGGCAGGGGAGGAGGAGAGAUAUACAGGGUGUCCGGAACCGUGCGAGCGCACGCAGAUGACGGGCGGAAUUAUUUCGCAAUUAUACGCGCGCGGAAGUACGACGCGUCGUCGCCAUUAAUCACGCAGUUGAUACCUUCGGAACGGAACGAACGAGACCGUAAAAAACACCGCCGAUGCGCGGUAUCGUUUAAAUUAAUGAUUAUUUACGCCACGUCGCAAUCGACAUCGGUUUUCUCAUUUGGCCGCGCGGCCAAUCCGAUCUACUUUGCAUCAAAAUCGAGGCCCGCGCGAAAGAAUCUCGAACCGCGAUUGAUUAGAUUGGACCAAUUCGCCACUCGCUCUUCUCUCCACUCCUUUCUCGCGGUAGUUCUUCCUUCAUUUCCCAGUAGAUUCGUGGCGAAUAAUUCGUUCCGCUCGCGCGGGAAAGUCGUUCGUUUCUCGAGAAAAUACCCGCGAUUGCCAUCUAGGUGUUUCGCGGAGCAAUUUCCGGGACCGGUCGUUCCGAUACCGCCCCACCGAGGCCCCGCCUCGAUAUUGCCGGUAUUUGAGGAAGUCGAUUUUUUUACGCGGCGAACCGACCGACAGCCGCCGAAGUUAUUACGAUCCACGUCCCUUCGGGACACGGCUGACUCGUGCACGGGGAGCUGUAUCACGUUGUUACAUACCGGGGUCAUCCGCGGAAGCCGUCGUCUUUAAAAAAA